AACUCAGAAAUGAGAGUGAGAGUCUAAGAGGUUUCAGAGUCUUUGAACUGAAGAAGACACUGAAUCUAAUCUCAAACAAUACGAUAAAGGAAGGAAGAAGCAAUUUCAAUCCCAAUUCCACUGCUUCUAUGACUCCCGAUGCUUCUGACGCACUUGCAGUGAGGCACAAAGUUCAGUUAUUCCUCAAUGCCGCUCGCACUGGAAAUCUCGAUCUCUUCAAGAAUUUGGCGGAGCAGUUGAACGAGGGCAAGGAUUUAGCCAAAACAGUGGAAGCAAUUAAGGAUGCUAACAAGCGAGGGGCACUGCAUUUUGCUGCUCUUGAAGGCCACACCAAUGUCUGCAACUACCUUUUACACCAUUUGAACAUUCCCGUCGAUUCUCAAGAUGACGAAGGCAAGACUGCUCUCAUUCAUGCUGCUCAUAGAGGACACACUGAUACUGCUAAAUGUCUGAUUGACCAUGGUGCUGAUCCCACUGUGGCUAGCAACCUAGGUGCUACGGCUUUGCACCAUUCUGCAGGGAUAGGAGAUACUGAGCUGCUGAAGCAUUUGCUGUCCAGGGGAAUUAAUCCUGACUUAGAAAGCGAUGCAGGAACGCCGUUGGUUUGGGCUGCCGGUCAUGCCCAGCCAGCGGCUGUCACUGUUUUGUUAGAACAUGGAGCAAAUCCUAAUGCUGAAACUGAUGAUGGUAUUACUCCCCUACUUUCUGCUGUGGCAGCCGGAUCUCUGGCAUGCUUAGAGCUGUUAAUUCAGGCAGGUGCUAAAGUAAAUAUAAGUGCUGGUGGAGCAACUCCUUUGCACAUUGCAGCUGAUAAUGGAAGUCUAGAACUAAUAAAUUGCUUAUUGAAAGCUGGAGCUGAUCCUAAUGUCUCUGACGAGGAUGGUGUUAAGCCAAUUCAGGUUGCAGCUGCAAGGGGCAAUCGUGGAGCAGUUGAGAUAUUGUUCCCCUUGACUUCCAAAAUUGAUACAGUUCCUACUUGGACUAUUGAUGGGAUACUUGAGUAUAUGCAAUCUGAAACUAAAAAGCAACAGGAUGAAUUUGUAAAUGCUAAAGAAAUUAAUCGGCCCAAGGAUGCUGCUUUUCAGGAGCAAAAUGUCCCAGAGGUAGCACCUGAAGCCAAAAAGAGAGCAGCAGAAGCAAAGUCGAGAGGGGAUGAGGCCUUUAAAAGGAAGGACUAUCACAUGGCAAUAGAUUCUUAUACACAGGCAAUUGAUCUGAACCCCGCUGAUGCUACUUUGUUAUCCAAUAGAAGUCUCUGCUGGAUUAGGUUGGGGCAAGCUGAGCAUGCUUUAGCUGAUGCAAAGGCUUGCAGAGCAUUAAGACCAGAUUGGCCAAAAGCUUGUUACAGGGAAGGGGCAGCUUUGCGUGUAUUGCAGAAAUUUGAUGAAGCUGCAAAUGCUUUUUAUGAGGGAGUAAAGCUUGAUCCUGAAAAUAAGGAGCUUGUAAAUGCAUUCAGGGAAGCUGUCGAAGCUGGGAGGAAAUUUCAUGGCACAGCUGAGAAUAAAUCAUAGUCGGGUUUUUGCUAAUGCCCUUUUGCAGAGAGGAGAGACCAAAACAUUAAAGUUGGUGCUGCCCUUUUUUUGCAUGAUCCUUUUUUUCCCAUACAAUGCGUGUGUGUUUUCUUUCAGAAGGUAGUCCUCCAGGUAGAGUCGGCUAGUAAUCUAUUUCGUUAAAAAUUGUUGUAGUAUUUAGAAAGGUUAUCCACAUUUGACGUCUACGAAAAUUGUUGCUGCAUUGGUGCGUUUUGAAAAUGGCAAUGCAGCAGGUAGGUGCAUGCUGUCAAAUUUCUAUCGGCAGUGUUAUUUUUGGUGAUUAUGUAUGAAUGAUU